UUUAGGUGGUACUAGUAGUCUAAUCGUACAUGAUCAGGCCUGGCAUGCUGGUUCGAUCUGUGAAUCUUUCCCACAAGGCCGAAUGCUAUUGGGAGGAUCACCGCCCUCAUCUCUGGCUGGGUCUUCUGAAGCUACUGUACAACCACAUGCUGACUGCAUGAGAGCCCUGCCAAGAGCUCACGCAAUCCAUCUGGUUACGGUACGAUGUAGCCUUGCUGGGCGAGGAUGAGCCCUGUGUACCGUACCUAAUGGACCGGGUGGCGGCGAGAUGACACCGGUAUGAUUCAAAAGUGGAUGAAGACAACUAUUAAAAUAGCUAGCUAGCUAUUAUCGGCAAUACCUACCGUAGCUAACUCCUAUCGCCCCACGGGUUGGCUUUGUCCUUGGCAGCCGUGGUUAUUGAAACAGCUGGUGGUGUGUCGUUUGCAUCAUCAUGAAAGAUCCUUUGGAAAGAUACGGCGGAGUAUCGGACGGUCUGUCCCUCCUUCCUCGCCACCGCCCUUUAUUUCACGGGGGCGAACAAAGCGAACGAAAUUCGCUGUCCAGUAGAUCGUGCCGUUCAUCGAUCUGAACCUGCAAUAACACAACCAUAAGACACUUGAGAACCAAGGUUCCAUUGACGGAUAGAUGACCAGCAAUCAGCAAGCAAAGCGACUAGCUAUUAGCACUUCGUCUUCUCUUGGGUGUGUUGGAUGUUGCUUGGAGUUACGAUACGAUCAGUGACACGUGGUAGUCUUGUAGUUAUUUGAAUUGUAUUCGAUGAGAUCCAAAAGAGGACCUUAAAAAUCACAUAACACAGCAGCAUUCCUCUACCGUACCAAUAAAUAAUGGCAACAACAGCCAAAGAUCCUGACAUGCUGCAGGCCGACGAUCAGUUAAAAAGAUCGGAAGGAGAGCAGCGCCAAGAAGAAGACGAAAAGGAAAUGAUUUCGUCGACCCACACGUUAGUAGCAUCCAAGUGGGAAGACGAGAUGGCGUCCCGUCCCAUUUUGGUGGGCUACGCCUUUGGUCCCAAGAAGAUGAGUACCAUGGGAGUGGUCAUGGCCGAAGCUUCCAAAACGCACUUGUCGUCCGUGUCAACGACAGUCUUGGUGGAAGAAGACGAAGAAGACGAACUGGCGCAGGACGACAAUGAUGACGAGCAAGAAGAGACACAGCAGCAACAACAACAACAACCCACACAGCAAUCAGAAGACGCGACCAACACUGCUACUACAAGUGCUUCUGGUACAUGCAUUUCUGCAACCAGCACAACACGCCUUUCGCCUCGUCGCGCAGAGAAAUGCAAAGGCAACAUUAUGAUGAGUCUGGGUUCUUACAAUGGCGGUCUUCAGAAUAUCGUUCGCUAUUUGCACUCUUCGUGUUCCUCGGUAGACACCAACUCGACAACCACCACUAUGUUAACCACGGGUACAACUGGUGUGGCUCUGUCCACGGGGAGUACGUGCGGGGGAACCUUGGCGUCCCUCACCACGCAGCAUCAAAGACUGCGGGUUUCCUUUGUCCCACUCGAUCCGGAUUUACCACUCGAAGGACAACACGGCGCCAAAAUGGAUAUCGUGCUGCACAAGCUCACGGAAGACAUCCUCUGCUUGUCCAAAUAUGCUCCACUAUAUCCCGAUCUUGUCCCGAGUUUGGGAGAAGUCAACAGCGACAAUUGCAACAAGCUACAAGAAACACUCCAGCAGAUUCAUGCCAGAGACGCACAAGCCGCCAUUCUCAGAGUACACCGACUCAUGCAGUACCAAAAGAAACACCCCGAUUGUUGCUUGACGGAUGAUCCGGCCAAAGUAUUGACGCUCAUGUCACGAUCGGAUAUUGCCAAUGCACUACAACAAUGUCUCGUAGGAGUACAGAGCAAAAGUGGCAUUCCAGUCGCAUCUCCACGCUUUUUAGUCUGGGAUCCCAAUAAUAUUGCCAAUUCCAACAAACAGCAACAACAACCAUCGAUCGCCGAAUCGUUGCAAAAUGCCAAUUUGUCCUAUCCGCUCAUUGCCAAACCGCUACAAGCCGCUGGAACCAAAAUCAGUCAUUACAUGACAGUCUUGUUGCACCAAUCAUCCUUGGAACACAUUCAAGAGUCCACCUGUCUCUUGCAAGAGUACGCCAAUCAUGAUGCUGUCCUAUACAAAGUAUACGUCUUGGGAAACAAUGUACGAGUCUAUCAACGACCCAGUUUGCCCAACUUGCCACCGCUGUUCGACGGACGAACUACAACAAGUACUGGUAGUCCCAGUUAUGUCGAUUUUGAUUCCCAACGACCCUACCCGCGGUUGUCGGCAUUUGGAGUGCCAGAAGGUGCGACAGCCUCAUCAUCACAAUCACAACAACAACAACAACAACAACAACAACAGCGGGUAGCAGUCACGGACGAAGAGGUGCAACCCAUCGUCGACAAACUCAAACAAGCAUUUGGAUUGGAGCUCUUUGGAUUUGACAUUUUGAUCACGACGACGAAUGACAAUGACAAUAACGGUGCCAACAACAAUAACAAAAAGAUGCUUGUAGUUGACGUCAACUACUUUCCAUCGUACAAGGAAAUGCAGAAUUUUCCUUCCUUGCUGGCGCAGUAUUUGACGCAGAGAGCCAUUGAUAGUCGAAGAAAGCAACCGCCAUUGCAGUCGCCAAACGAUGCUCACGCUGGAUGUUUGUCGUAA